AUGGCGGCGCCCCACAGGGUGGUUGUUAGCACCUGUGACUCGACUCCAAUUUUGUCUGAUUCUUCCAACGCCGACGUUAAACGACCCCAGUUUGGGACUCGCUUUCUUACAGACCCUCGGCAGGUUUUCCAGCACAACGCCUGGGACAACGUGGAGUGGACUGAGGAGCAAGAAGCAGCUGCAAAAACCAAAGUACAAGAAAAUAGUCAGCCACUGCCUCAAGAGAAGCAAGAGGACUAUGAUAACCGGGCCAACGAGUACUGGAACGAUUUCUACACAAUCCAUGAAAACCGCUUCUUUAAGGACCGUCACUGGCUCUUCACUGAGUUCCCAGAGUUGGCUCCGGGUCUCCGCCACCAAGGCCUCCCUGAGGGUAUAGAUGGCAGUCCCGAGGCCAGUUUGGAUUGGGGACAAAGUGAUGAUGACCUUCCUGGUUCUUGUGCCACGUAUCGCAUUCUUGAGGUCGGCUGUGGUGUCGGCAACACAGUGUUCCCCAUCUUGAAGACUAACAAUGACCCAGGACUUUUUGUGUACUGCUGUGACUUCUCUAGCACUGCUGUGGAGCUUGUCAAGGCUAACCCGGAGUAUGACCCCGCUCGCUGUUUCGCCUUUGUGCACGACUUGAGCGACGCCAGCGCUUUGUACCCCGUCCCGGACGGAACCCUCGAUGUCGUGGUGCUCAUCUUUGUGCUGUCGGCGUUGCAUCCGGACAAGAUGCAGGCGUCCAUCAGUAGAUUAGCGCGGCUGCUGAAGCCCGGCGGGGUUAUGCUGCUCAGGGACUACGGCCGCUACGACAUGGCGCAGCUCCGCUUUAAGAAGGGACGGUGUCUGUCAGAAAACUUUUAUGUCCGUGGUGACGGAACAAGAGUGUACUUCUUCACUCAAGGGGAGCUCCAUGACAUAUUCACAGAGGCUGGCCUGGAGAAGGUGCAGAACCUGGUGGACAGGAGGCUGCAGGUGAACCGGGGCAAGCAGCUCACCAUGUACAGGGUGUGGAUCCAGUGCAAGUACCGCCGGGCCCCCGUUCAGCUCCGCAGACCUGAGGAGGAAAACCACCCCUAGCUUGACCCCACACUCGUGGUACAGAGAGCUGAAGCCAUCCUGAUGUUGCGAGAGCACAAAGAACCUCAUUCAUGAGCCGGAUGCUGCCAUGAUGUCCAUCCAUCCAUUUUCUGUCCUCAUUGGUGUCAUUGGGGUGAGCUGGAGCAUACCCCAGCUGACUUUGGGGAGUGAGAGGCUGGGUACACCCUGGACUUGUCAACAGUCAAUCACAGGACACAAAGACAAACAUUCACACUCACAUUCACGCCUAUGGACAAUUUAUCCUAAUGCACAUGUUUUUGGGAAGUCCGAGUCCUGGAGAAAACCCACCCACCCACGCAUGGGGAGAACAUGCAAACGUCCAACACACAAAGAUUGAAACCUGGAUCUGCAGACUGUGAGGCAGCCGUGCUAACCACUCGCCACAACAUGCCAUAAUGAUGUCAUUAUAGAUUAUAGACUCACAUGAGGAAGGGCUGGUUACCCUGGUCUUUGUUUCUAUUCACCACAAUGCUGUUUUUUUUUUUUUUUUUAGUAUUGACAUUUUUGGAACACAUUGUGCCAUUUUAACCUUUUUGUACAGACAAUAAAAAUAUCACCAAGUU